AAGAAAAUGGGCAUCGAAGGCAACUGAUUGACUCUACUGCGUGUGGUAUUAUUAUUGUAUAUUACCUUAAUUUAUUUCGGCCUUUGUUUCUGAUCCAACCUUUGCGCUCUCUCUGUUCUAGCUUUGCUUCUCUCUCUCUCUCUCUCUCUCUGUUUAUCUGCGGCACCGUGUAAGAGAGAUGGGUGCGCUGCGAUCAAGCUCUGUAGCGGUGGAUCAUGAAGGAAACGACGCACAGAUCCCUGAAGAAGAAGCACACCAUGAUCAGAAGGACCUUGAUGCUGGUGCUCUCUUUGUUCUUAAAUCCAAAGGAUCAUGGGUGCACAGUGGUUACCACUUGACAACUUCAAUUGUUGCUCCACCUCUCCUAAGUCUUCCAUAUGCUUUUACCUUCCUCGGAUGGGCGGGUGGAGUUCUGUGCCUCGUCAUUGGAGGCCUCGUCACUUUCUAUUCAUACAACUUAAUAUCUCUGGUUCUUGAACACCAUGCUCAGCUGGGUCAUCGCCAUCUCCGCUUCAGAGACAUGGCUCAUGAUAUCUUGGGACCCAGAUGGGGCAGAUAUUAUGUAGGCCCAAUUCAGUUCAUGGUCUGCUAUGGUGCUGUUGUUGCUUGUACUCUUCUAGGAGGACAAUGCAUGAAGGCAAUUUACUUGCUAACCAACCCGAAUGGAACUAUGAAGUUAUAUGAAUUUGUGAUCAUAUUUGGGUGCUUCAUGUUGAUUUUAGCUCAAAUCCCAUCAUUUCACUCGCUGAGGCACAUCAAUUUGGUGUCAUUGCUUCUAUGCCUGGCCUAUAGUGCCUGUGCCACUGCUGGUUCCGUUUAUAUUGGAUCUUCCUCCAAGGGGCCUGAGAAGGACUAUUCCCUAACGGGCAAUACAGAGGAUCGCAUUUUUGGGGUCUUCAAUGCCAUCGCCAUCAUUGCCACAACAUUUGGCAACGGAAUAAUUCCUGAAAUUCAGGCAACGCUAGCACCGCCAGUGAAGGGGAAGAUGUUCAAGGGACUGUGUGUUUGUUAUGCAGUAGUCACGGUGACUUUCUGCAGCGUAGCCAUCUCUGGCUACUGGGCAUUUGGUAACCAAGCUGAGGGCCUCAUCCUCACCAACUUCUUGGACAACGGCAAGGCUUUAUUGCCCAAAUGGUUCAUUUUGAUGACCAACAUAUUCACCAUUCUCCAGCUAUCUGCUGUCGGUGUGGUUUACUUGCAGCCCACAAAUGAAGUGCUAGAAAGUACACUUGCUGACCCGAGAAGCUCCGAGUUCUCUGCCCGAAAUGCCAUCCCAAGGCUAAUCGCUCGGUCAAUAUCGGUUGUGAUAGCAACAAUUAUAGCUGCAAUGCUUCCAUUUUUCGGGGACAUCAAUGCGGUGAUCGGAGCAUUUGGUUUCAUGCCCCUUGACUUUAUAUUGCCGGUGGUGUUCUUCAACUUGACAUUUAAACCUUCAAAGCGGAGCCUCAUUUUCUGGUUGAACGUCACUAUCGCAGUUGUUUUCUCAACGUUGGGGGUUAUUGCGGCGGUUGCAGCAGUUAGACAAAUAAGCCUUGAUGCCCAAAACUAUCGGUUAUUUGCUAAUGUAUGAUCACGCAAGCAAACUUGUAGCAAGUCUCUCUUGUAUUUGCAUAUAUUUGCAAUUAUAUACUUUGAUUAUUUAAAGCAAUUUAUAUGUUCAUUUAGUA